UCAAGGACAGGCUGCACUGGAGAAGGCUAGCAUAUGCUUGCUUAACUGUGGCCCUACCGGAACUGAAGCGCUGAAGAACCUUGUGCUUGGAGGAAUAGGGAGUGUUACUGUUGUUGAUGGCUCCAAAGUCGAACCGUCAGACCUGGGAAACAAUUUUUUGUUGGAUGAAGGGUGCUUGGGUCAUUCAAGAGCAAAAUCUAUCUGUUAUUUCCUACAAGAGCUCAAUGAUGCUGUCAAAGCCAAAUAUGUUGAGGAGUCUCCAGCGACAAUGAUAGAUACAAAUCCUUCCUUCUUUUCCCAGUUCACUGUUGUCAUUGCGACACAGCUUCCUGAGAGUUCUUUAUUGAAAUUAGAUAGUAUCUGCGGGAGCGCAAAUAUUGUUUUGGUUGCUGCGCGUUCAUAUGGUUUAACUGGCCUUGUCAGGGUCAGCAUCAAGGAGCACUGUGUUAUAGAAUCAAAACCAGACCACUUCUUGGAUGAUUUGCGGUUGCACAAUCCCUGGACUGAACUCAAGCAAUUUGCAAAGUCAAUUGAUAUAUGCGACAAGGAUGCCGUUGUGCACAAGCAUACUCCAUACAUUGUUAUCCUCGUGAGGCUUGCAGAAAAAUGGGCAGAUGCGCAUGAUGGGCAGUUACCUUCGACCAGGCAAGAGAAAAGGGAAUUUAAGGACCUAAUUCGAGCCCAUAUGCUUAACGUAGAUGAAGACAAUUACAAAGAAGCAGUAGAAUCUUCAUACAAAGUUUCAGUAACUCCAGGAAUCAGUAAUGAAAUCCGUCAGAUAAUUGAUGAUAGCUCCUCUGAAGUCAAUUUUUCUUCUUCAGAUUUUUGGGUUUUAGUGUCUGCUUUGAAGGAAUUUAUCACAAAUGAGGGUAAUGGUGAGCUACCUCUCGAGGGAACAAUACCUGAUAUGACAUCACUUACCGAGUAUUAUGUAAGCCUACAAAAGAUUUACCAAGCUAAGGCUGAAUCUGAUUGCCUUGCCAUGGACCAUCGUGUGAAGAGUAUUUUGAAGCGGAUUGGUAGAGAUCCUGAGUCUAUUUCAAGGGCAUAUAUCAAAACAUUUUGCAAAAACACUAGAAAACUCAAAGUCUGUAGAUACCGCAGUAUGGAGGAGGAGUUUAGCUCUCCAGUCCUAUCUAAAGUUCAAAAGUACUUUGCCGACGAAGACAGUUGCUACGCAAUGAACUUCUAUGUUCUGCUACGUGCUGUUGACCAGCUUGCUGCCAGCUAUAACAGAUUACCUGGAAUAUUCGACAGCAUUGGGUCCACUAGUGAGAUUGUUGAGGAUGUUCCUAGGCUGAAGGCGGCUGCUGUCUCGGUGCUGAGUGACAUGGGUUUGAAGGGAGCAUCCUUGUCUGAAGACCUGGUUGCUGAAGUGUGCCGUUUUGCGGGUGCAGAGAUUCACCCCGUUGCUGCCUUCAUUGGCGGAGUGGCCUCCCAGGACGUAAUCAAGGUAUGGUAUCCUAUCUUCACAGAGAUUUAUUGA